AUGGCGACGACGACGCCGCCGUCGCUGCCGUGCGCCGUCUUCGACCACGGCACCAUUCCGCUGCGGACACCGGCGACGGCGAGGAGCACCAAGCGCCCGCGGAGCCAUGGCGCGCCGUCGACGACGACCCUACCGGACGACGCCCUCGUGGAGAUCUUCGCCCGGCUGCCGGCCAAGUCGGUCGGCCGCCUGCGCUGCGUGUCGCGUUCGUGGGCCGCCACGCUCAAGUCGGCCCCCUUCGUGGACCUCCACCUCCGCGAGGCCAGCCGGCGUCAGCAGCCGACCCCCGAGCUCUUCUUCACCACGGCACACCCGGACAACAGAUGGCAACACGACGAGGUUCUCACCAAGCCCUGCCAUGGCCUCGUCCUGAUCCGCGGCCUGCCCUACCACCGGCACUUCGUCUGCAACCCGAGCACCGGCACGCUCCUGCCCCUCCCCGACAGCCACAACUGUCGGCGGCGCAACGGCGAGUCCUACGGCCUGGGCUACAACCCGGCCACCAAGGAGCACAAGGUGGUGCGGCUCUUCUCCUCGAUUUUUUUUAAACUAUGA